GAGAGAGGGAGGAGGAGGAGGAGGAGGAUAUAGAAUGGCUUUAGAAACUUUGGAUUUCCAACAAGACCCAUUCAACUAUGGCCACAAAGAUUUGUACACAAAAGGAGCAUCCUACGGCUAUUGGGACUCUCUUCUUUCUAAUGCCGAUUCUUUUUUACCUGAUGUUGAUUUAACCGGCAACGACGGUGUGGCCACCGGAAUAUGUCCUUCUCCUGUUGGAGCUCCGGUGGCCCCACAAGGGAGGAGAAAGAGGCGGCGGACUAAAAGCUUAAAGAACAAGGAGGAAAUGGAGAGCCAGAGGAUGACUCACAUUGCCGUCGAACGAAACCGCCGGAAGCUGAUGAACGACUACCUGGCUGUGCUCCGGUCUCUGAUGCCUCCUUCUUAUGCUCAAAGGGGGGACCAAGCAUCAAUAGUUGGGGGUGCCAUCAAUUUCGUGAAAGAACUCGAGCAACUCGUCCAAUUCCUCGAAUCUCACAAACAAGCCAAGCAGAAGCCCUACAACUCUCCUCUCUUUGCCAAUUUCUUCAGUUUCCCUCAGUACUCGACUCGACUGACCGGUCACAACGGCUCUGUGACCGGUACCGGUCACAAUGACUGUGCGACCGGUCAAGAUCAGUACUCGACCGCAGAGAAGGGGUCGACGGUCGCUGACGUGGAAGUGGCCCUAAUAGAAAGCCAUGCCAAUGUCAAAAUACUAUCGAGGAAGCAACCAAAACAGCUACUGAAGAUGGUGGCGGGGUUUCACUCUUCGGGACUUCCCAUUCUUCACCUCAAUGUUACUACUGUUGAUCAAAUGGUCCUACAUUCUCUCAGUGUCAAGGUUGGAGAUGAGUGCCAGCUAAAUACGGUGAAUGAAAUAGCAACUGCAAUACAUGAGAUGAUGGGUAAGAUCCAAGAGGAGGCCAUUUCUAGCUGAGAGAAAAUCCCCAUGCAAGUUGUAUUUGUAAUAAUUGGAAAAUCAUUCCAGACUCGGUAGAUAAUAAAUUGGAUCAUU